UCCUCCAUCUCUCGGACAAUUUUCCUUGACGGCAAAAAGAGACAAGAGGGCGGUGGCAGUGCCGGACACCGGGACACUACAUGCCAGCAUCAUCCAUGCUGAAUAUCUGGAAGGGAAACUGACUGACAGACCUGGAAAGACAGGAUAGUAAGUGAACACGAUGUCGGAGAAAGGUUCGGCUAGCGAUAUGAAGAAUGCGAUCGAGGGGGAUUUGAAGAGGUCUAAUCAGGAUCAUGACUCUAAGACGGCAGACGAGAAGGACGACAGCUCGGAGAAAACUCCCAGCAGGGUGUCCAGAUCUCCACAGAAAACCUCCAAGCGGUCAAAGAUGGCGCCGGUGAAAAUCACGCUGCUCGAUGGCACUGAGUAUGAGGUCGAGGUGGAGAAAUUCGCCCGAGGCCAGGUCUUGUUUGACACGGUGUGCGACCACCUCAACCUGUUGGAGAAGGACUAUUUUGGACUGAGCUUCUACGAGACGGACACAAAGAACUGGCUCGACCCAUCAAAGGAGAUCAAGAAACAAAUCCGGGUGGGCGCCUGGCAGUUUGCCUUUGCUGUCAAAUUCUAUCCCCCAGACCCCUCCCAGCUCAUCGAGGACAUCACCAGGUACUACUUGUGUCUGCAGCUGCGGGAUGACAUCCUGUCGGGGCGGCUGCCAUGUUCGUUCGUCACCCAUGCGCUGCUGGGCUCCUAUGUGGUGCAGGCGGAACUCGGCGACUACGACCCCGAUGAGCACUCCCCCGACUAUGUCAGUGACUUCCGCUUCGCCCCCAGCCAGACGCGGGAGCUGGAGGAGAGGGUGAUGGAGCUACACCGCACCUACAGGGGGAUGACUCCUGCUGAAGCUGAGAUCAACUUCCUGGAAAAUGCCAAGAAACUGUCAAUGUAUGGCGUAGACUUGCACCAUGCCAAGGACUCGGAGGGCAUUGAGAUCAUGCUGGGCGUCUGUGCCAAUGGGCUGCUAAUAUACCGUGACCGACUUCGGAUAAAUCGAUUCGCCUGGCCUAAAAUCCUCAAAAUCUCUUACAAGCGCAGUAACUUCUACAUCAAGAUACGGCCAGGAGAGGUAGAGAAAAGCAAGUAUGAGCAGUUUGAGAGCACCAUUGGCUUCAAGCUGCCUAACCACAGAGCUUCAAAGCGAUUGUGGAAGGUCUGCAUCGAGCACCACACCUUCUUCAGGUUGGUGUCUCCUGAGCCUCCACCGAAGGGCUUCCUGGUGAUUGGCUCUAAGUUCCGGUACAGCGGGCGCACCCAGGCUCAGACGCGGCAGGCCAGUGCCCUGAUCGACCGCCCCGCGCCCCAGUUUGAGAGGUCCAUCAGCAGGAGGUACCUGCUGUCCCGCAGCCUGGACGGAGCGGCAGCUCUUGGGGACAACAUGGACCGGAUGUCCCAGAGCAGCUCGAGCGCACGCACCCCCAUUCCCCCGCAGGAUGACCUGGAUCAGGACCUGGAUGAAGACGCUGACCAAGACUACGAUCAGUACCAAGACCAGGAGCGCGUGUCAGAAGAGGCCGUCCCCGCCAGCCGGGGAGCGGAGCUAAAGACGGACGAGGCUGGCUCUCCGGUAGACGCUAAGGCUGAGUCGGACCAGGACAUAGCCCCGCGUCCCAAACAGGAGCCAUUCCUGGACAAGCCGGAGGACGUGCUGCAAAAGCACCAGGCCAGCAUUAACGAGCUGAAGAGGGCACUUCGGGAGCCCAACAGCAAGCUGGUCCACCGGGAGAAACGCCAGUCCAGCGUGUCCCCCGGCAGCACCCCUGAGAGGAAAGCCGAGGCGGUUGCCGCUCCUGCCAUUCAUGCUGAGAGUCUAGCUGAAUCUCAGAGGGAGCCGUGGGAGCGGCGACUGGGGUCGGUCUCAGAGGAUGACCCAGAGCAUGAGAUGCUCUACCCGAAAGAGACUCACUUGGGAAUCGAGCGCAAAUGCUCCAGCAUCACGGUCAGCUCCACGUCAAGUCUGGAGGCCGAAGUGGACUUCACGGUGAUCAUGGACCUGCAGACGGGCAUGGAGGAGUUCUCCAGGGGCAUGACUGAACUGGGCGAAAAAGACCUCCUGGCUGAGUUUCCAGAGGCGUCUCACCACAGCUCUGCGUGGAUCAUGGGAGCCGAGAAGAUUGUGCUCCCAGAAGAGGCCCCCCCUGUAGAGCCUCCCAAACGCCCUGAGCCGUUUGUGCCCAAAAAGGCACCGCGCACCGCACUGGCCCAGAGAGCCAAGAAAGAGGCCGCUGAGCUGACCUCAAUUCAGGCGGUAAAGAAAGAGACGACGGAGGUGACUCAUCGCCCUCCCCAGCCCAUGAGCAGAGAAGGCAGCGAUGUUGCUCCCCCUGCCAUGAGGAAAACUGGCGUCAAGGUCGAGACGCAACCCAACGGAUCAGAGGUCACCACAACCAUCAUGGAGUUCACUGACCAAGAUCACAGAGGGAGCGCAAUCAGAGAGGCUUCCUAUUCAGUCACAGAGAGUGGCUCACCCAUCAAUAUUGGCAUGUUCGCCAGAGAGGGUUCAGGGUCUCCGCUGAUUGUGGCAGAGAGUGUGACAUCGGCAACCACAACUCAUGUUACCAAGACGGUCAAAGGGGGCUACUCGGAGACAAGGAUUGAAAAGAGGAUCAUUAUCACUGGAGAUGAUGACGUAGACCAGGAUCAGGCACUCGCGAUCGCAAUAAAAGAGGCGAAGCAGCAACAUCCUGACAUGUUGGUAACCAAGGCUGUAGUUGUCAGGGAAACAGAAUCUUCCACUCAAGAUCCACAUGAGGAGUGUUAGUCUAAAACGUCCGGGAACCUGCUCAGAAGAAUUGUCCUACUGUGAAUCUACUGUCUUUAACCACUGCCAGUUGGUCUUGGAUACUACACUCCAAAAUCUCCCUCUCCUUCCAGGGUCUGUGUCUCUAGGACUGCCUCUGAUGGCUCUACAGUACCUCGCCUCUCCAGUUUUACAGUCAGAGGCAGUAACGUAAAGACGUUGCCCCUGGGAUACAUCUCUUCUCUUCUUCUAUUUGACCCCAGUCUUGUUCUACAUGGUUUUAUUCCCUGAGCAACUGAACUCAGCCAACGAUAAGAACAUUCUGAGCAGUUUUAUUGCCUGAUACUUUAACGGUUUUUCUGUGCUACAUUACACAAACUCAAGCUGUUUCAAUGUGUUUUAUUUGCAAAAAAAGAUACUUCCUGAAGACGCUGAUGACAGAAGUUAUGAUGAGUUAUUGUUUUUUUUUCUGUAAGUAUACAGUUGUCUACUGAUAUACUGAAAUAUAUGAAAUGUCAGCAAGAUCAGUGAAUAGAGUAGGUGAAAUGCCUGUUAAAAGAUGUCUAUGUAAAUCAUUUUACUAGCCGAAAAAAACAAAACAAAUGAUUUUAAGUGCACACAUUUGUUUGCAUGUACUAGUUGAGCAGGUAUUCUUCUGUGGAGAAAAAAAAAAUCUUGGUUCACUUCACAACGCUUAAACUGUGGACGAGCGAGUCACACAAAAGCCAAAAACCAGCCACACGGAUCAGUGAGCUCAUCCAUGUGAUUUGGUGCAAGCUAACACGAAAAGGCACAGAUCAAAAGACUGGAAACAGUCUGUGCCAUUAGUGUUAGUGAUACACUGCUGUGUCUGGUAUCCCUAAGUGCUGGCCACGGUAGCCGGGUGGAUACUGCUGAGUGACAGACAGCCACUGAACCACUGUUAACCCUGUUUCUGAGGAACGUUGUCUAGUGGGAAAGAAAAUAUCUCACCAUCCCAGCUCACCCUGCCAGAUAAGUGGAAUGUCAGAUAACAACAGUGUUUCCUUGGAGAUUACGAAUCAGGACCACCUCCAAUCAACUGGGUUCUUGAUUACCUGCUCACAAACCACCUCCGAUCAACUGGGUUCUUGAUUACCUGCUCACAAAAAUGUUCCGAAACAAAAAGGAGAUUCUUUUGUGUCUGCUUGCUGUUUAAUGAAAACUGUCAAAACGCUCUGAAAAAUUCUUGAAUAUUUUAGGAUUACUUUUGGAUAGAUGAUAGUGUAAUCUUGUUAGUUUUAUUCAAAGGUUGAAUAUUGUUGGAGACCUGUACUCUGAGCCUGUUGAGUGUCUGAACUGAUUAAAUAUACAUCUGCAUAAAAUUACAAGGGCAAAAUGAGAAGCAAAACCCAUCACAAAAUUAAGUCAUCUAUGAUGGAAACUGUGUGCAUGCAGUCAUUACUAAAAAAAAGCUUUAAGUUGCCUAGAGUAACGGGCAAUGCUUUUAUUUUCUUCUAAAGUGUACAUUUACCCUCUGAGAUCUGACUUUGCCAUCAUGACACUGGGGGGAAGGGGAGUCUGCGUUUGAAGUCUUGAAAACAAAUGAAAAAAAAAAAGUUUUGUUAAGCAGUGGAUUGUAUAGGACUUUGUAAAGUUACUGUUGUGAAGACUAUACAUAAAGACGAACAUCGCAACAUUGUUUAGAAUCCAUCAUCCUUGUAAUCUUAGCGUUUGAAGUAUUUUUCAUGAGAAAAUCCAUUGAUGCCAACUCAGAAACCCUGAAGAACAGGAGCUCAAUUGGUUUGUUCACUUUGAUCUGUUUCCACUGAAGUCAUCAGUGACUGGUUGUCAGUGAACUUUUGACUGUUUGCGUUGUGUAGAGCUGACCAUAAUCCUAACCUGUGAUUGGUGUCUGGAACUGUAACUAUUGAAGUGAAGCGACCCCGUGCGAUACUGUGCCAUGUGAUCUGUCUGUACGAGUGUUCUAAAGCACGGGCCCCUAUCCAAGGCUCUCCCUUCCUGUGGUGUCUCAUAAGAAAGUGUGGGCGUAGUUUUUUUUUUUUUUUUUUUUUAAAUUAAUCUCCAAUGUGCCGAAAUU